CAUUUAACAAUAAUUUAUCUUAUUAAAUCCACAAAUUAAUUCUAUAUUAUUAUUUUGUAAUUUAUUAGACGAUUAGAAGACGAUGAUUAAUAUCGAAAAUAUAUCCACUCUCGCGGUGACGCUGCGCCCAAAAGUGAUUAUAUGUCUUGUUGGCUGUGCAGAGGGAGAGAGAAAAAGAGAGAGAGACAUAGGAAUCGCCCGCACUUUAAAAGCACCGCUUCGUCACUGGAGCAGGGUGCGGGGACGACGCGCAACUCGGGGCGCACAGGAUGGCUCGGGAUAAUCGCCAAGGCGCACCGCUGGCUCGUGUCCAAGUAGUGCCUCUGUCGGCGCCAACGGCAGUUACAGUGGCACAUAGAGACUGUAUCGUCACCUCUAAACUAUCAAAAGAGAGCGGGCGACUUCAGGCCGGUAGUAGUAACGUUGGUAAUCGUGCCGAUAAUCGUUCGAGUUUCUCGCGCGCUCGCUCGACUUCUCCUCCCUUUUUUUUUCUUUUUCUUUUUCUUCGCCGAUCGCCGACCGGUAGCCAGAUCGGCUAGUGGUAUUUAUCACGAUUGUCCCCCGUCUUCAUCUGAUUAUCUCUCGCGUCCGGUAUCCCCGGCACGGGACGUUUCUUCUCGGAGCGCAUCGCGCGCACCCUCGUAUUCGUACCCCGACCGUACCCACAUUAGCGUUUAAUCGAUAGACUUGCGGGGCGUCGAUCGCAGCGCCCAGUGUGGAACAAGUGGUAGUGCCAGUGCGGUCGUCGCCGUCGUCGUCGUCGUCGUCGUCGUCGUCAUCGUCGUCGUCGUCGUCGUCACUAUUCGUCAUCGUUAUUACCAAAGCGGACAUCGCGAGGCGAUUUUGCCGGUUCGACGAGAUGCGACAUUCCAGCGCGACACGCAACGACGCGCCGUUUCCUCGGCCGAGCAGCGAUCAUGUUUAAAGCAGAAGCAAGAGAGAGUAGCCGCCGCGCGACGCGUACCACCGGUACAGCACGCGUCGUUGUCGUAGUCGUCGUCAACAAGAAUGUUCCCGGACCCAGCAAGAUCCAGAUAGCACGAGAUUGUCCCCGUACAUCGUUCGCGCGCUCUCAGCUGGUCGCCCUUGGAUCUGUCAAGCCGCGCGUAGUACGGUUUGAGCGAGCCCCUUGAAGUCGAGUUCCAAGAUCCGCUUGUAAUCCGGAUUAUGAUACGGCAGAGUCUGUCGACCGAGUCGACGGAAGGGGCUGGACCGAUUUACGGAUGAAGCUGAAGAGGAACACCGUGGACGAGGAGGAGGAGGACGAAGAAGAAGAAGAAAGAAAAAGAAAACGAGAAAGACGCCGCUUAUCAGAUAUCAGAUAGACGAACGAAAGCAUCGGCGUCGAGAGCAACGCGAAGGAUCGCUUUGCGAUCGCGCUGGUGGCCAACGAUUUGAACCCGCCGUCGCUCGGCGCGUCCGAUGCUGAACGAGAGACGGCUCGAGGACAACACACUGGCGGACGGGGAACGUAAUGGUAGCGCCGUGCUCACCGGCCCGGCGCUUUCAUCGUCGUCACCGUCGUGUACGGUGCCCUACAUCAGCACCGACCAGGGCUACGUGUUCGAGGGUGGCGGCACGACGAUGUUGCAGCAGCCCGGUGCAGCCGGUCGCGGGAACACCGACUGCACCGGUGGCGGAGGAGGUUUUGGAUUCAGUGUGUCGACAGGAGUUAGAUCGGGGGUUGGGUUGGUUGGCGGGAUAGGAUACGGUGGAGGUAGUGCCGGAGGAGCCGCGGCAAUCGCGGGAAUCGUCGGAAUGGGUGGAGGAGGAGCAGUAGGGGGAGGGAGUGGUGGAGGAAGCGUGAACAAGGAAGUCCGUUACGCUCCGUUUUCGUCGUCUGUAGGACCGGUCGGCACCGUGGCGCCGGUAAACCUACCGUCUCUACCGCCACCGCCACCGCCGCCGCCACCGCCGCCGCCGCCACCGCUGCCGCCGCCCCUGCCGUUGCAGAUGCAGCAGCAACGUGCUUUCUCGAGGUCGAUGACGUCCCUGCCGCCGGAGCCGUUUAUGAUCAUGCGUUCGAAGGCGCUGAACCGGCGUGUCUCGAUCAAUGUCGGCGGCGUGAAGCACGAGGUGCUUUGGCGCACCCUCGAGCGAUUGCCGCAUACGCGGCUAGGCCGGUUACGGGAUUGCAAUACCCACGAGGCGAUCACUGAACUCUGCGACGAUUACUCUUUAAUCGACAACGAGUACUUCUUUGAUCGACAUCCCAAGUCUUUUAGCUCAAUCCUCAACUUUUAUCGCACCGGCAAGCUCCACCUGGUAGACGAGAUGUGCGUGUUGGCGUUCAGCGACGAUCUCGCAUACUGGGGCGUCGACGAGCUCUAUCUCGAGAGCUGUUGCCAGCACAAGUAUCAUCAGCGUAAAGAGCACGUGCACGAGGAGAUGCGCAAAGAGGCGGAGUCGCUCCGGCAGCGCGAGGAGGAGGAAUUUGGCGAGGGAAAAUGUGCCCAAUAUCAGAAGUGGCUGUGGGAUCUUCUUGAGAAACCAACCACAUCCAUCGCGGCAAGGGUGAUAGCUGUGAUAUCAAUACUCUUUAUUGUGCUUUCAACGAUCGCAUUAACUCUCAACACCAUUCCUAGUAUGCAAGUGAAUGAUGAGAAGGGGAACUUUCAAGACAAUCCGCAGCUCGCUAUGGUGGAGGCCGUGUGCAUCUCGUGGUUCACCCUCGAGUACUUGUUUAGGUUCAGUGCUUCACCGGACAAGUGGAAAUUCUUCAAGGGCGGUCUUAACGUGAUCGAUCUGCUGGCGAUACUGCCAUACUUUGUAUCUCUGUUCCUGGUCGAGACGAACAAGAACGCGAACGACCAGUUCCAGGACGUGCGCAGGGUAGUGCAAAUCUUUCGUAUAAUGCGGAUCCUGAGGAUUCUGAAGCUGGCUCGACACUCGACCGGGUUACAGAGCCUUGGCUUCACCCUACGUAACUCGUAUAAAGAGCUGGGCCUGCUGAUGCUCUUCCUGGCGAUGGGCGUCCUUAUAUUCUCGAGCCUCGCCUAUUUUGCCGAGAAGGAGGAGCCCGGGACCAAAUUCAUAAGCAUUCCAGAGACCUUCUGGUGGGCGGGUAUCACAAUGACCACCGUCGGAUACGGCGACAUCUACCCCACGACCCCGCUCGGCAAGGUGAUCGGCAGUGUGUGUUGUAUAUGUGGUGUCCUGGUAAUCGCGUUGCCCAUUCCCAUUAUCGUCAACAACUUCGCCGAAUUCUACAAAAACCAGAUGAGACGAGAGAAGGCCAUCAAGAGGCGGGAGGCCCUUGAGAGGGCCAAGCGGGAGGGCAGCAUCGUGUCCUUUCAUCACAUCAACCUGAGAGACGCCUUCGCCAAGAGCAUGGAUCUCAUCGACGUCAUCGUCGACACUGGUCAUAAUAUGUCCGGGGUGGAUGGUAAUAGUACAGAGGGGGAGUCCGCGUGCGACCGCGGACCCGCUCAGACCGGGCCCGGCUGUUAUCGCAAUUACGAGCAUUACAGUUUGUCGCGACAUCGGCGCAGUGCGUCCAACGCCUGCUUCCCAAACUUGCCCAACGACCUGCCCGCUACACCCGACAGCCCGAAUCGUCGGCUGCUCGACUUCGCCCAGAGCGUAACAGGUGCCCAGAACGACGAUUACUAUCAAGACGAGGUACCGGCGCAGCACGCCAACCAGGGGAAUAUCACGUCUAGCGAUGAAGAGAAAAAAGACAGCAGAAAAUUCGAGAAAAUUGAUGAAUUACCUAGCGAAUUCGAGUGUUGCUUUUGUACUACGAAGGAGUACAAAGACUUCAGGGACGCGGAGAACAUAAUGCCCCUUGCUACCAGCGACUUUCGUAAUCCAGUGUGUCAGGAAAUGAGGUCCCUCAGGUUCAGUAUCGGCGGCGGCAGUAGUAGCGGGGGCGGCGGCACCGAGAGCGGUGGCGGCGUCGAACAAUUAGGUUCGUUACUCGCAGAGCCGAAGAUAUCGCCCGUUCAACCGUCGGAGAUGUUGAGCUUUGCGAGGAUGUACAACGAGCAGGGAAGCUACGCGAAGACGUACAACGAGCAGGGGAGCGUUGACAGUUCCGACACGUACGCGAGCUGUCAGACGCAUCCGUCACAUUCGCAGGGCGAUCUGACCGAGGAAGCGGACAGCAAUCUUUACGUGAAUCCUCUGGAGGUAACGGAAAAGUGCAGAACUGGUCGUGUGAAAAAAUCUAUUUCCGGUGAGGUCGGCCGAAACAUCAUCACCGAUGCAUCGCCCAGCAUCGAAUCCCUGAAGGACAUACGGUCUUCUAAUGAGGCCUGCAAGAUCAACCUGAACGACAUGAUACCCAAACACAGGAAGAUAAGGAUCCAACAGAGCGUAAAGCCACAAGCGCAAUUCGUCAGCGAUCAGGAAGGCGUGGUAGCGCGUGGUAUCUUGAGGGAGACUGCCGCCACGGAGGACAAUAACAAUGAUUACGGAGGACUGCGCGGUGGCAAACCCUCCACGUUCGUGCCGACGAAUCUGGCGUCAGCCACACGCAUCAUCAAUUACCACUUAUUUGGAUCCCUCGGCGGACCAAAGCAUUACACGGGAGCGAGCGCUGAGAGUAAGCUCUCGUUAUCAGCGGACUCCAUAGAUAGCGACGGCACGCCGUUUAUGGAUCGCCACCGGAUGUCGAAGUCGAUCCUAAAAAAAUCCGACAGCGGCAAUAAUUACUACAGCAAUACCGGCGACUCGGAUACCGAGAAGCUGAUCACGGACAGCGUGUCCACGACGAGCAUGUGCGAUAACGAGACGGACGGGUACGACUCCAAUACGACGGCCAAUACACGCUCGUCGAAAAAACGUCCCGCAUCGCCGUUACUCUCGCGACAGGUUCUCGAAUCGAUAUUCCGCACGAAUAACAACACCGAGAGAGAAUACACGAGCGGUGAGGAUGACGGUGAGGGGAAAAGUGUAGUCGCGAGGACACCGAAGAUUCUAUUCGGCGACGUCGUGGAAGAGGAGAAACACGUUCGCAGCGAAGCAGUAGCGGAAAAACAAAACAAAGAAUCGGACGAGCAGCCGCGGAGGAUGAAGACACGCGUGCAAGAAGAGUCGAAGGAAAGCCAGGCCACUACACUGAUAUUACGUCCCCAUAAAACAAGAAAGUCGACGACGACGGAGGAAAAGAGGAGAGCCAACAAGUCGAGCGGAUACGGUUGCGCAACUUACAAGAGCUCCGACGCGAAUUGUCUUCCUCAGGAAUACCGUUUCUCGUCGUAGCUGCUUCCCCCGCUUCUUACCGCUAUUAGACACUGCAUAUAGUCGCACCAUCAUCAUCAUCACCACCCAACGAUCGCAGUCAAUGUACUUGCUCCCAAGGGCUUGUAAUGGCUAUAAUCAUCUGUGACAGGUGCCUAAGGUGCAUCACCCUUAACAUCGAUUGUACCCUGGUCAAUUUUGAUCAAUUAACUGUGUAAUACACCAAUCAUUUUGCUAAAAUUAACGCUCGGCGUUUUGAUCCUGGAUCUUUUAUUAUACAUAUAAAGGGGAUGAAGAAAAAAUAGUUAAUUAAUCAUGGCAAAGGUGCAAUCAAUCUUAAAUAUUGCGGAAAGCAGUACGUAAGUGUAGGAAUCGCGAAAUAAUUCACACUCAAGAGUUGUUAAUGUUUUACGUGAUGAAUUCGUCGCGAAACGGAUAGAUGAUAUAAAACUAAGGCAGUAAUUUUCAAUUACUGUCGCAUAUACAUAUUCAUAGAUAAUGAGGAGUGACCCUGACGAGUUCAAAAAAGUUUUUAACUUGCGAGGUAUAUAGAUAUGAGCUCCUAAUUCUGAGCUACGCGGUUUUUUUUUUUUUUUAUACCAGCUUAGUUUCGGAUAAGGGAGAGGGCAGCUGGAUAAGGUUUCAUUCGUUUGUUUUUAUCUCAGAUAAGAUCAUUUAAUUGACGCUUUAAAGCGAUUUUAAUCGGCUCACUUGGAUCCAUAAAUAGCCCAUAAAUAGUCUAUAAAAGCGAAAAUAUCUGGGAGCAUUGGACUGCAUCUUUUAUCAUUACAUUUCCAGCAUCAUAAUUGAUGCAUGAAAGUCUUAUACGCUUAGAUGCACGACUCUCGUGGCCGUUAACCUGCCAUUUUUAACGAUAAUGUGUAUCGCGUAUGCCUAAAUCAAAAUCGAUAUCUAUCUUUUCAUAAAGCUCAUGCAAUCGUUUAGAAUGAUAGCAAGUGUCGCAUAAUGUUUCGCAUCCACAAAUGCAGUCGCGGUAGCGAUUAUGUGUCUUUUAGACGAGAAAAUGGAAUAUAGAACAAGUAAAUCUUGUAGAUUUUGCAUCGUAGUCUUACCUGAACGAAUAAAUGAGUUGUUUGUUUCAGUAGAGCGCUGCCGAGAUAACGAUUCCAAACAUUUUGAAAUCGCAUCUCGGAUUAUAUUUGCGAGUGUAACUGUCACUUCCACGCCGAAAAAUUCUCGCACUCGUGAUCGUUAGUUUUACCCGUCGAGAUGAAUCUCGUGCCGAUUUUUUCGCAACAAUCUAAAUCGCGCGAUGAGUGCAACUCGUCUAGUCUAAUUUUAGAUGUUUAUCGAUGGAGUACAUAUCUGCAACAAGACACUUGUAGUUCAUUGUUAUUAGUAGUCGUAGGGAUAAUAAGAAAGGUGAUGAACAAGCGUAUAUUAUUAAUUAUUAAUGCCCGCGCGGCUCGUUGUUAUUGCGCCAAUGUUCUGUAUAAAUCGCGCGCCUCGAAUAUUUUCUAAUUUCGUACAAAUUAUUCGUACAAAUCGCUUCCGCUACGUACACGUCUCAUAUUCCGAAUGAUUGGUUUCAAGUUGUUACCUCUGCCUCUUCUUGUAGUUUUUAACGACUGUGAGAUGAGCGAAUGGAUUGAGAAGAGUGUGAGAUACCAUCGUGCGAAAAGUAGAUGAAUGAAAAAAAAACGUUGAGGGAAAUAAUUUCCAAAUCUCUUAAAGCAAUCAUAAAUUGUGGUACAUACAUAACGACGUUCCAUUCCUUGAUACGCUUAUCCGUCAUGCUUUUAUUUUUAUAUAAAUUUGCAUGCGAUAUUUUUUUUCUGUGAUGGAUUACGUUAUCUUUCAAGCCUUCAUGUGUAACGCUAUAGAAAGGAGUUUUUAAUCACUAGAAUAACCAUAUCCUUUAGAUGCUAAUUAAAAAGAGAACAAAAUUGGAAUAUAUAUACUUUUUCGUGUUUAUUAUUGAGAUAAUUUUAUCGAUUCGUUUUAGUAUGAAUUAUUUGCUAAACGUAAUAGCGUACAAUUUCCAUGUUUUUUGUGCAAACAUUUUUAAAACGAAUAGAAUACGGAAUGGAACACAAUAUAGGCUAUAUACGUAAUCUUAAUGAUGAUGUUCAAUUUAGAGCUUUGAAUUUCUAUAAGGCUAGCUUUUUAAUAAGCUACAAGCUACAGUGAUAAAUGGAUUAAAUUACAUUUAACUUUUUAAUAUCCCAUAUAUUAUAAAAAAAUAUAAACUAUACCAAUUUUUCAAAACCUACACUAAGAUAUGAAUAUAUUUUUCGAGAAAGAAGAACUUGUUCUCGAAAAAAUCGAAAUGUUUGAUUAUUAUCGAAGAGUGGAAUAACAAGAACACCGAAGCCUUUGAAGAGAGUAUUAUAAAUGCGCCAGUCUCUGAUUAAAGCACAGGAUUGUGCCAAGCAAAUGAUUUCGCGAGACAAAACGUUUUUACCCUUUCACGAGCAUUCCGUACAUCGUUUGCGUACCUGUUAUUCAUAGUCGGAUACCUUAUGCCGCUUAUAGAGAGUUUUUAAAUAAAGAAAAAAAAUCGAUGUGUCUUCUGCGAGCUAACGUAGUCGAAUUUAAGAAGUUCCUAGAGACUGCGUAAAAGAGAGAGAAAAAGAGAGGAUGGUUUAUUAUUUAUUAUUGUAAUUGUGCAUUAGCGGCAAAAAAAAAACAGCACAGUUUAGAGCAGUGAAAAUAGUA